UUUGGGGUUUGCAGCUCUUCCUCUUCCUCCUCCUCCUCCUCCUCCUCCUCCUCUUCUUCCUUUCUUCUUCUUGCAGAACUCUGCUGAAGUCAAACUAGAAGGAGAGGACCAUCAUUAAAAGAAGGAGAACUCAGAGUCUCCCUUUCUUUUGCUCCACCAUGAUCCUGUGAGCUCCUCCGACCGACUAACCGACUAACCGACCACCGACCCCGGACCGGAGCCGAGGAAACACGGACCGAACCGGAGAGAAGCUCGGUAGUGGACCGGAGGACAGAGAUGUAGCAUGUGUGUUGGUGUGAUCGGCGGACCAUCAUGCACCUCUUCUUGCUGCUGAUCCUUCAAGCCACAGCAGCCUUCGGACAGAUCGACCCCGCACACUGUCGCUAUGCCCUGGGCAUGGAGGAUGGACGGAUUAAAGACGAACAGAUCACAGCGUCCAGCCAAUGGUACGAGACCACGGGACCUCAGUACGCCAGGCUGAACCGGGAGGAGGGGGACGGUGCUUGGUGUCCUGAAGGACAGCUGGAGCCUUCAGACAGUCAGUUCCUUCAGGUGGACCUGGGCCGGUUGACCUUCCUGACGGUGGUCGGGACUCAGGGUCGAUAUGCCCGGUACUCCGGGAACGAGUUCGCCCGAGCUUACAAACUCAACUACAGCCGGGACGGCCUGCUGUGGAAGUCCUGGAGGAACCGGCUGGGGAACCCGGUGAUGGAGGGAAACAAAAACGCCUACACCUCCGUCAUCAACGACCUGCACCCGCCCGUCGUCGCCCGCUACGUCCGGCUGAUCCCGGUCACCAAAGUGUCCACCACCGUGUGCAUGAGGGUGGAGCUGUACGGCUGUCCGUGGGAAGACGGUCUGAUCUCCUACGUGGCUCCGGAGGGUCAGCUCAUGAUGCCCCCCGGUUACCCCAUCGUCAGCCUCAACGACUCCACGUAUGACGGAGCGCACGAGAGGAGGAGGCUGCUGGGCGGUCUGGGUCAGCUGACGGACGGCGUGAUCGGCCUGGACGACUUCCUGCUGACCCGUCAGUACCACGUGUGGCCCGGCUACGACUACCUGGGCUGGAGGAACGACUCGCUGGGCAGUCUGGGAUACGUGGAGAUGGAGUUUGUGUUCGACCAGCAGAGGAACUUCACCUCCAUGAAGGUUCACAGUAACAACAUGUUCUCCCGUGGAGUGAAGAUCUUCUCCUCCGUUUCCUGUUGGUUCAAGCCACGCCUCAUCGCCGGCUGGGAGGCGGAGCCUGUGGCGUUCAAGACGGUUCUGGACGACAGGAACCCGAGUGCCCGCUACGUCACUGUGCCACUGAACCGCCGCGCAGCCAAGUCCCUCCGCUGUCGCUUUUACUUCGCCGACGUCUGGAUGAUGUUCAGCGAGAUCUCCUUUCAGUCGGAGGACACCGUUCUCCCGACCCUGAUGCCUCUGGCGUCGACCUCCGCUCCAGUGAAGAAGGAGAGCACCAUGUCAACCACACCUGUGACAGCAGCAGCUCCCUCAGCCAGUGACCCUCCAGACGACGGGAACACGCCCGUCCUGAUUGGCUGCCUGGUGACCAUCAUCCUGCUGCUCGUCAUCAUCAUCUUCCUCAUCCUCUGGUGUCAGUACGUCUGCAAGGUGCUGGAGAAGGCUCCUCGCCGGAUCCUUGACGAGGACGUGACGGUUCGCCUGUCGUCCUGCAGCGACACCAUCAUCCUCCAGACCCCCCCUGUGCCCCCCCGCUCUGGCCACGCCCCCACAGCCAACACGGACCCUCACUAUGAGAGAGUCUUCCUGUUGGACCCUCAGUACCAGAACCCGGCGGCGCUGAGAAACAAGCUGCCGGAGCUGUCGCAGAGUGCCGAGGCCUCAGCGUGUGGAGGAGGCUACGCCGAGCCCGACGUCACCCAGUGCACCCCCCACCAGUGUUUCCACAGCAACGCGCCGCACUACGCCGAGACGGACAUCGUGCGCCUGCAGGGCGUCACCGGCAGCAACAUGUACGCCGUGCCCGCCCUCACCGUGGACUCGCUCACCAGGAAGGACAUCUCCGCCGCCGAGUUCCCACGGCAACAGCUGAUCUUCAGGGAGAAGCUGGGGGAGGGGCAGUUUGGAGAGGUCCACCUGUGUGAGGCCGAGGGACUCCCAGAAUUCCUUGGGGAGGGGUCUCCUCUCCCUGACAGAGAUGGGCGUUCGGUGCUGGUGGCCGUUAAACAGCUGAGGGCCGACGCCACCAGCCAAGCCAGGAACGACUUCCUGAAGGAAAUAAAGAUCAUGUCCCGUCUGAACGACCCCAACAUCAUCCGGCUGCUGUGUGUGUGCGUGUCGUCCGACCCGCUGUGCAUGGUGACCGAGUACAUGGAGAACGGAGACCUCAACAUGUUCCUGUCGCAGCGGGAGAUCGAGAGCACGCUGACGCACGCCAACAACAUCCCUUCAGUCAGUCUGUCCGACCUCCUCCACAUGUCGGUGCAGAUCUCGUCGGGGAUGAAGUACUUGGCGUCCCUGAACUUCGUGCACCGCGACCUGGCCACCAGGAACUGCCUGCUGGACCGCCGCCUCACCAUCAAGAUCGCCGACUUCGGGAUGAGCCGGAACCUGUACAGCAGCGACUACUACCGCAUCCAGGGCCGGGCGGUGCUGCCCAUACGAUGGAUGGCCUGGGAGAGCAUCCUGCUGGGUAAGUUCACCACGGCCAGUGACGUGUGGGCGUUCGGCGUCACCCUGUGGGAGAUCUUCACUCUGUGCAAGGAGCAGCCCUACAGCCUGCUGUCGGAUGAACAGGUCAUAGAGAACACUGGCGAGUUCUUCAGGAACCAGGGCAGACAGAUCUUCCUCUACGGCCCUCCACUCUGCCCACCUUCGCUCUUCGAGCUGAUGAUGCGUUGUUGGAGUCGCGACAUACCCGACCGACCGACCUUUGAGGGACUCUACCAAGCCCUGAGGCCCCACGUCAACCAGUGAGCCGAGGCCGCUGGGAUGAACUUACUUGUGUAGGACGACAGGCUGACACGAGAAGACUGAGGACUGGAAUUACGUUACGAGAGUAAGUCGCGUUCAGAGGGACUGAAGAAACUGGCAGAACUGUGGUCAGAAGGUGGGUUUGUUUUGUGGUAACAGCAGCACUCUGAGAGACAAGAUGGAGGUAGAAGGAGAUAAAGCUGGUCAACUCAGAGGAGAUCCAAACCUGUCAGUCGCUAGUGAAAAAAGAUUUCUCAGCUUUUUAAAGAUUUCUAUCAUUUCUGAUUUCACAGUUUCAUCCAUCUCUUUAAAUCCCAUUUGACCAAAACGUCUUGUCGGACCUUUUGACAUAUCUUUUUAUUACGUUGUUUUGGUGCCAAAGGUGCCUUAAGCUUUAUAUUCUUCUUCUGUUUGGCUGUUAAAGAUGCCAAAAACUGGACGGACUCUUCAGUCUUGGUAGUUUCCCUGUACCUGUGUUUUAUUUUAUUUUUAUUGUAAAGCACUGUCUGUGUCUCUCAGUUAUUCAUGUUCAUAUAAUAACCCACACUGGAGCUAGGGUUAGGGUCAAAUUGUAGUGUAGCUUUAUUUUUUAGAUUUUUGAUUCUAUUUUAUUUUUCUUGAUUUACAGUAUUUCACUUUUGUUGGUCUUUUUUUGUUAAUAUGAAUGUUGUCCAUCUGAGGUUCACAUCGCGUUGGAACCUGUGUGGUUCACAGACUGAAAGAUCAGUCAGUGGCUAGUUAAGGAGAGAAAGUCGGUGGAAGGCAGACUGAAACCAAAUAUCAGAAAUAAUGUGUUAUAAUGUGCCUAUCUUGUUGCCAAAGAGAAAUAAAGACUGUAAGUGAUAAAACAAUAACAUGAUACUAUUCCAUUUGUAAAACUCAAUAUACAAUUAACAUCUGCCAGGUGGUGGAUGCUUUCAUUCAAAGUGCCUUAAACUUGUAGCAUGAGUGGAACCAGUAAGCCAACAUUAACACCACUGGUAGGCCUCCUGCUGACAGUGAGAGUUUCCCAGUGUUGAGGUAUCACUUCACCCGUGUCUGUGUUUGUGCUGGGGCCUAAACCAUGGAUGUCAAGUUUGUAUUGGAGCCCUAAGACCUGACAUACCAUGGUGGUAUGUCAGGUGUCGGUUUGGUUUGUGCCUCCACAGAUUAGCCAGCUAGCCAUAAAUAACUAUUUUACAUUUUGAUUUCCGUUGUUUCAUCACUAGAGUAAGACAACAGUGAAACAAAAGACAAACUGUUCUCACGUAAUCACCGAAGGGAAACGGGGCCUUUGCAGCCUUUCAGACUAGGACAGUCUAGCUGCUGGGUUCAGUUCAGUGAAUAAAGUCAGUGAAGACACUAUAGGCUUGUUGGAGGAGAAGCACAGUCUCUAUGUAGAGGCUAGUAAGCUAACUGACUAGCUAGCUUGCUAUUUCUCGGGGGUCGUGGUAGACAGUGUAUGUUUUCUUUACUUUAAGGACAUACACAAGCUAACUAGGGUUGCUAACUAUCCUGUAUUUGCUGGCACGUCCCCUAUUUUGGGCAAAAUAGAUUUUUCCCAUACCGGACGUUCCAUGUCCAUAUUGUGACUGAAACUCUCGUCCGACUCUUACAGAUCGGUCCUUACUUACACCAUGGGUGAGAUCGCCUGUCAUCCAAUCACACGCCCCCUUAAGCCCAAUAGUUAUAUUCAGUGUAAAUGCGCCAAUUCCUGCAAAAGGUUUGCUUGUAAAGUAGAGCAUUAAAGCAGUAAAAGAUAUCAAUGGAGAAAGUAGACUUGGUGAGUCACGAUGCCCCUCUGAGCCCCGUUUUGCUUUUGCCAGGUCCAAAUUGUGAUUUUCUUUUAGAUUUGUUUCCUUUUGUGGGUUACACACAUAAGCCUACAUAAUGAUUCAGGUUUAGAAAAGCUGUAGACUCAAUGGAAUAUACACAUUUGUUGCUUUCCAUUUAAAAAUCAAUAUGAAUCACACCAUACCAACACAGCUGUGGCAUGUGCACCAGACAAAAGGUGGCGUGCCACUUUCCCUUAUGUGGUUGUGAGAACGUUGGCGAACCUAAAGUUAACUUCCUUCUUUGCUUGCUGAACAACUAACUAGUAAAGCAACUGUAGAGUGAAAGGAUUUACAGCAAGGUGUGUUCAUAUAUCAUUCAUAGCCUGAUUGUACAACAUUUUAUUACUAAAAACAUGGAUACAAUUUAUUUUUUGUAUGGCUGUUAACGGUGUUUAGUGGUGAUACAAAGGGAUAUCCAAAAUUCUCUCUGUGAAAACCUUUGAAUCUAAUACGUCAACAAAAUAAAACAAGAAUGUUGAACCUGGCUUAAUCCAAUGUCCAGAUUUAAGUUCUAAAGAUGUAUGAAAAUUAGCACAUAUUUAAUAAAAUAAAGCCUCAUUGAAAAAUAACUUAACAUUAAAAAAGUAUUGUCUUAAUGACAGUAAUUAACUGGGGAAGUUUCAUGGUGAUGUCUAUUAGUUGUUGUUUUUUUACCUUAAUUACCUGGAUUGUCAACCUUUAGGUAAACUAUGGAAUUGUAGAUGUGGAGAAAGCUAGCUUGGGACGAUGAUGAGUUUUCGAUACAUGCACUGCAUUUCUAGCCAUAACACCAGGAUAACCGUGAGAUCAAUCUUCAACCAAGUAAAAGUAAAGGUGAUUGGUCAAUACUGCAACUGGAUUAAUGGAUGUGUGAUCAUUGUUUAAGGCUAAUUAUUGUCUUAUGUGCAAAAGUGGUUAAGCACAUUUUCAUUUUUGAAAUGUCUUUAGUUUAUGUCCCAUUCUUUUCAUGUUUUAGUCGCUCGUUAGUGUCAGUGUGUUUUACAUGUGUGCAGUAAUUCAAUUAUUCCCUUUUGAACAAAUUGUUCAAAAUGUAAAAUGGCGCAAAUCAACAUGAUCUUCACAGGAAAGAAGGAGGAAGACCAAAUAUGUUAAGUUUGAGUGCAUCCUUCUGUGUUUUUGUUGUUAGAGUAGUGUUUGUAUUAUCUGUACUGUAUAUUAACACUUCUAAGCGUGUGUGUGUGUGUUUGUUUUAGAGAAAAUGAGUUUUGUGUUUUUGACAUUCCUUUGAGCACUGGGAGCAUUGGGAUUAAAGUGGUUAACCGGAGUUGCUCUGAUGUAACGAAUGAUGUUAAUAAAUUAGGGUGAAGGGACUUUUUUAAAGCAAUAGGACAGAAAGUAAGGAAACCACUAAACUCAAUCUCCCAGAGUCCUUUGCUACAGUGAGCCUGUGUAUUUUGUUCUGGUUCCAUUAGGAGAGAUAGACGAGUCUUUUAGUUUGAUAGUGUACAGUAUAAAUGAGCUAAUAUCUCAGUGUGUGAAUGCAGAUAGGUGUGAUAAUUAUUGAUAAUUGAUUAUCUAUCAGAAUUUAUAGCUUUUUUCUGAUUACUUCUAUUCUGGGAAGGUGUGUUUUUUCCAACAGUAACAUUUCUAACAGAUGUGUCCUGCUUCAGACUUGUACUGUACAUAGGCUAGUAGCUGUGUAUAUUAAUAUAUUGGGCGUUGGGAACUUUGUGUUCUGUCGUCCCAAGUCUUUUCAUUCUGUACCCUCUCCUGUUUGUUU